GCACGCUUCUGUGGAACUGACUCGGCGACACCGAGGCAGCGGCGAGACAGGCGCCAAGACGUUGAAACCGCCUCUUGUCCGAGAGAAGAACGACAGACAAGACAAGCUACCUGCGUGGACCGCGUGCGUCAAAGGGCUCGCCAUCGCCCUGUACUUGUAUGUACUACGGCGACCAUGUACUGGCAUGCAGGAGCAUGCGCGGUGGCGUCGACUUGGGUGACUUGCACGUUGAAGUUGGCACAUCCUAAUUCGGCCGGGACCUUCGAUAUUCUGGCCUAAUUAGGCACCACAUUGCACCACACCAGGCGUGUCCCACGUGUUGAGGUCAACAACACUUGAUCGCGGCUGGAGUCCUUGGGCGGAGACGACGACGGCGAUGGCCAAGAAGGAGCACUUUCGAUACACGGUGUCCAACUUGAUCAUCUUUCUCUUCCCGCCCUUCCGAGCGACGCGCAGCGGCUUUCUCAACCUGUGCUUUCUCUACCCGCUGCAAUGGUGCGAGUCGGUGCUCAUCCAGCCGACGAGCCGACUGCGGCGCCACAUGCCACUGCUCGGCGGCAUCUGCGUCAUCUGUCUGACUUUGGGCAGCAUGCUGCUUCGGUCGGCGUGGCAGUGGCUCCACGAUGUCAUCUCGGGCACGUUCUCGUCCACGGACGCCAAAGUCAACUUUGAGGCGUUCUGGAGUGGCAUCUACCACGACUAUGCGUUUCUCGAAGGCAAUGCGAAUUGGUCGCUCGUGCAUCGGCUCUUUGGCGACAAGAUUGACGGCGCGACGACCGAGCACGACCUCUGGACCGCACUUGUCGACAGCAUUGCGCUCCUCGACGACCCGUGCGUCACCAUCUCCAACGUCUCGAUCCCCAACAACAACCGCGUUCGGUCCAUGGACCUCGACGGCUGGGUCCGCGACCAGCUCGACAACUACAAUGUGAUUGCCAACCAGUUUACGUGGGGCGUCGUUCGGCACUCGACGCCAAUCGGGUACCUCUCGCUCUCGGCGCUGGAGGGCUUUGUCGAGCUCCAACUGCCGUUCGAGCUGCGGUCGUGUGGCACGCGGCGCAAGCCGUGCACCAAGGGCUUGGUGCCCGAGAUGUACGACCUCGAAGCAAUGCGAUGGGCGAUGGAAGCCAUCGUGACGCACCUCCACGCCACGCAUCUGCACGGACUCAUUUUGGACUUGCGCCACAGCACCGGUGGUGGCUCGUACAUUGUGUCACUCGUCCUCGCGUCGUUCUUCAAGCCGCCGUCGUUUGCCUUCAUCAUGGAGGAGCGGCUUCAGAAGCGGCAGUUCCACGUGCCGACGUCGCGACUGCGCUACGACGGACCGCUCGCAAUCCUCCAAGGCACCGAGACGGCACGGACCAGCGAGCUCCUCCUCCUCGCCCUCCUGCACCGCCCCAAGACGUGUCGACUCGGCGCCAAGACGGCCGGCAGGCUCUCGGACGUGCGCGAGAUGUCGCUACCCAACGGCUGGGUCGUCGACGUUCCCUACCAGCGCUGCUAUGGCGAGGACGGCAAGCAGUACCAGAAGACGGGCAUUCCACCACAGAAAGCUCUGCCCGAGCCGCAGUGUUGGGCAGCAGCCCUCGAGUACCUCGACCGCGAGUGGCAGCAUACGCACAAUGAAGCAGCGUCGUCGUAACACCGUAUCUCUCAUUCAGAUAGUGCUCUUCUUCACUUAUACCGACGUACAUGUUGCC